CUGAUGGAUUCUUUGUUCCACGGUUCAAAUCACUUGGUAAUCUCUAUAAAGCCAAAGAAACCAACUGCACUGUACAUAUCUGCUUUGAACUCAACCACCAUCUGAACAAUUCCACACUCUACACUUGACGGUUAGUAGCUACCGGUAGCUCUUGAUAUCGAUGAUGGAGAACAGGGUGCCUUCCUCACGCCCGUCCACCCCUACUGCUGCUUACAGUCAUGUCGUUGGCUCCACUAUCCCGGUGGACAUGAUUGAUUUGUCUCCGCGAUCAACGAUUGGAAGCAACCCACGCAAGCGCAUGAGGUCUCCUGUCGAUGAGGGAUCUGCAAUAUUGGCUACGAAGAGGUUGAAAAGGGAGCUCGAGCUCACCCCAAUGAAUGGCCAGACGAAUGCAUAUUAUUCGGCGCGUGCUCAGCGCUCCUUGACUUUCCCAGAUCAGGGACCAGUACCGAUAUGCGAGCAAUGGCAGACUCGUGCGGAUCAGACUUUAACAGAGGGGACUCAGCCCAGUGGGGUUACUCUGGAUCUGCUACAGGGAUUUUCUCGACGCAACGCUGUAGCGCGCCUGAUGCCCUCACCAUUUCCACAACACACCCCGGAGGAGGAAGAGCGGCUGUUCAAUGAAAUGGCCCAUUGGUACAAGCAGUUUCGUCUGCAGAUGUGGUCGCCGGUCGCUUCCAUGAUGGGGAUUCGAUGGGAACAGGCAGAAGACCUGAGCUGGCAAAUGGGAAGAGCAGAGCUUGGUCGUCGGAUGGCCCUUGACCAGUCCUCGACUGAUGGCCAGUAG